ACCUCGAAAUCGUUUCUGGCAUGUCCCGCUUAGUCGGAAACUGUCUACCUUCGAUUAUCGUGGAAGUGUAUCGGAAUACGUUGACGUUUGCUUUAAAUUUAUCUGUCAUUAUUCCGCUAGAAGUCAACGGCACGACGAUAAAUACGUCCACCAUCAACAACGCUGCCGAAAAUAAAGAGAAGAGUGCAAUCGCAAAGGUGGAAGAAUCGAUAAACGAAGAGGAUGAAAUUACUUUAGAAGAUUUGGCGCCAGACGGUGGCUGGGGAUGGAUGAUUGCACUGGCAAUGAUAUUAAUUCUCGUUAGUAUAAUAAUAAUAAUACAUAGCUAUAAUAGUGUUUUAGCUAUUAAACAGAUAUAUUUUUAUUGGCAAAAUAAUUUUCUUUUUAUUCAUUUAUGCAGUAACAGAGAAAUUCUUGCAGGCUUGCUCACCAAUACGUUGUUGAAGAGAUACUCUUCAAGAUCGGUCGGAAUUGUAGCUGCGCUCUUUUUUGCGUUACCUAAUAUCUGCCUGGCAUUCGUCAGAAACAUAUACGAGAUGGCUUUCCUCUAUUUGUUUCAAGGUUUUGGAUUGGGCUUAAUUCUUACAGUCACCAACACGGUUUUCAACUCGUACUUUGUGAAGAGAAGAGCGAAAGUCAUGUACGCGUCGCAAGUUAUCAUUGCGUUUGGCGGAAUUGUUUAUCCCACGUUGUGCGAAAAGAUGCUGCCGUUCUACGGUUUUCGUGGUACUGCUGCAAUCAUAGGCGCUAUAAGCCUUCAUGGCAUCGUUGGGAUGACAAUGAUGCAUCCCGUGGAAUGGCACACCAAAAAGUUGGAAGACGUCCGUGCCGAAAAAGCGCGCGACAAAGAACAAAAAAUUUUUCGCGAAUUACAACUGUCGAAUCGUCGUUUAACUAUCGACGUGAUUCAUUCAGUUUCAAAGACUAAAUGGAGCAGUCUUCGUAGUCUCAAGGAUGAAAGAGGCACAGAAAUGCCAUUGCUGACUGAAAAUCUUAAGCCCCCUGCGCAAAGAGUCGCGUCAGUCUCGGCAAUCGAGGGCCACGGUAGAGCAAAAUUAGGAUUUGUACGGGAAAGUUUAUCGAGGCGUACAUUAGCCAUCUCAGCCUCUAGCUUAGGUAAUCUGACUACUCGUACGACUUGUAUACUAAGCGACAAACGGCAUCUGGAAAAGAGGAACAGCGAAAAACAGACAGAUAAAGAAAUCCAAGAGAAGGAAGAGAAGCAAGAUAAGGAAAUCCAGGAGAAAGAAGAGAAGCAAGAUAAAGCAAUUCAGGAGAAAGAAGAGAAACAAGACAUUGAGAAAAAACAAAAGAUGAUAAAGUAUAAAACCAUUUUGAAAGAACUUGUGGAUAUUUCUCUGGUGAAGAACUUAUGUUUUAUAAACUUAUGCUUUGGCACCAGUUUUGUAUGCACUGCCGACUUUGGUUUUUCUUCUCUUCUUCCACUUAUGUUGGCCGAUAUGGGAUACCCAAAAGCCUACGCCGCAUUGAGCGUCACAAUUAGCGGAAUAGCUGAGCUGGUGUCAAAAGUUUUACUGUCAAUUUUUACGUUGAUAGUGAGCGUCAAGUCAAAGUACAUAUUCUUUGUCGCCACAAUCUUAACGGAAUUCGCAAGAAUAGGAUUUCUGAUGUACGAGAGUACGCUUACAGGCGCAUUAAUUAUGAUAGUUAUAAUCGGCGCCGUGCGAUCGUGGUUGUUAGUUCCGCAGCCUUUGGUUAUCAUAGAAGAUGUUAAAAUAGAAAAAAUUGCCUCGGCUUACGGCAUCAGUUCAAUUAUCAUGAGUUUUGUCACCAUAACUGCUGGCGCUAUCGUAGGUAAGUUGAAAAAGCGUUUUACAGCUGUCGAUGCAUAAUA